AUGGCCCAACAGACACUUUACACACCGCUGGACUCAUCGACUCGGCAGGUCAGGUUGCUGCACGUAUCUUGCUCCGGAUUUGAUGAUGACUUCGCGCCUGUCAUAUGCAGUCUGGUGACUGCGUCGCUAGACGAUCCUUCGCUCAAGUACAUAGCACUAUCGUAUGUCUGGGGACUUGAGAUGAGCCGGACCCCACUAGUUGUCAAUGGCACCGAUUUCAAGGCCACUGCAAACUUGUUCGACUUUUUGGUUCGAUAUCGGAAAAUAAGCUACAUCUUACCGCAGUGGGAGCUCGCAAACUUGCCUUUGUGGAUCGACGCAGUGUGUAUCAACCAAGAAGACAUUCCUGAGAGGAACAGCCAAGUCCAGAUGAUGGGCUCCAUAUACCGAUCCGCGACAAGAACCAUCUCGUGGCUAGGCCCGGAUAAUAGCGGCAGCGAAACCGCCAUGAGAGUCUUGCGAGAUAUGUUUCCCAAAGUGAACGACUCUAUCCGAAAGCAAGAUCUACUCGCGUGGCUCGACCCCGAGCAAACGAACCUCUGGCAGAAAAAUCCACAACGCGCCGACAGAAGUAACUUCACCAGCGGCAACAACUUUUGGGACAGCUGUAAGGAGAUACUCUCGAGAGCUUACUUCAGUCGCUCGUGGAUCACACAGGAGCUCGUCUUGUCACGGAACGUCGUGGUGCUCUGCGGGCAGCAGACCCUCCCUCUCAUCGCAUUCUGGGUCGUCUGGGAAUGGCUUCUCCGCAUUGAGGGUCUGCCGUGCCCAGCGCAAGUGGAUUAUGGCCUCUGGUCCUUCUUAUCGUCCAGGGAGGGGAGCAGACUCCUUGGCUGGGGGGCCCUAAACAAACUGCCCAAUUUGAUGGAGCUCAUGCGCGACUCGAAGAAAGCACCGGAGCAGGAUCUACCCCUGAUGUGGCACGAGCUUGUGCUCCAUACACGUAUCCUCCAAGCCACGGACCCCCGGGACAAGCUUUAUAGCGUGCUGGGCAUGCUCGAUCGGAAAUUCAAGCCAGAUUACUCUGCUUCGAUUGAGGACGUGUUCUAUGACUUCGCCAAGGAGUAUAUUUACGCUGAGAAACGAUUGUCCGUCUUGCGUGAGGCUGGUCAUGGCACAUUUUUUGGCACUCCCGAGCACCCCCGGCACAGACUGUUUGUUCCAUCAUGGGUGCCAAACUGGGAUGCCCUUUCUAAGGAGUUUACGUGGGGCCAGUUCUAUCAUGGAGGUUACCGGCUGUGUGCGGAUGGCAAUCCGCAUCUGGGCCUCCAACAGUCCGACGAUUCACAAACCGAGACGCCGUUGGAAAACAGGAGGGAACAGGAUUUCAAGAUUGUGGGGAGAAUUUUGACGGCUCGGGGGCUACGGUGUGACAGCACUGUCUCUCUUCAUCGCCUCGGCGUCGAUCAUGAAUCUUGGACUUCAUUCUGCGACGGCUAUGUCUCAAACCGUGGGAGACAUGGUAAAUACGCCACAGGAAUCCCAGUGCUUCAGGCACUCGCGAGAAUGAUCUUCCUUGACAGAGACCCAAUUUCCAGCAGGAAUGUGGAUCACUUGACACUGCCACAGGAUAUGCUCAGGCUUUGCAUCCUUGGAAUUAUUCUUAUGGGAUCGCCUGCUCAAAGCAUUGUCGAGAAAUUUGGCUUGACAUCUCAUCCGAACCUGAUUGAGAAGUUCUUCGGUCCGGGAGAUCGAGCAGCUGAUCUUCUCGAGUCGGGAGAACUUCCCAAAGACCUUGUUGACGUCUCAACUCUGCGCGUCCACCUCCCUAAGCUCACGCGAUGA